ACUUUAAUAGCCUUCAGUUCCUUCAACCAUCCACAUUCACAUCUGCACACACAUACAAAACACUCCCCUGCUUGGGCUGUUUUGGUCAGCAUGAGUUAUCCAUUGGUGAUUUUGCUCUGUGUGGGACUAUUGCACCAGACUGCGAGGGCCGUCAUUAUGGAUAAAUUAGCAGACAACAAGAUUUGUGGAGAAGCAGAAUGCUCAUAUGUUCUCUCCAUGGCCACAGCCCUGGAUGACUUCAUAGCUCCUGACUGCAGAUUCAUCAACAUCAAGAAGGGUCAGAUGGUGUAUGUGUAUUCUAAACUCGUGCCAGAGGAGGGCGCCGGAGUCUUCUGGUCUGGAAGUGUUUACGGUGAGCGUUACGUGGACCAGAUGGGCAUCAUCGGAUACUUCCCUGCAACCGUGGUGAAGGAGACACACAAGUUUACAGAGGUCACAGUUAAGAUCCCCACAACCGGCAUGGACUUUUACUGUGUUUGAUACUUGACAGAUUGAAACGUAGACUGCACACACCGGAAAGACAGAGAGCUCUUCUCGUCAGUGUGCCAUUACAUUCUGUGGUGUUGGCUGUCUCCAGCUGGAGUGAAAACCUGGACACUUUCCACACCUCAUUGUCCACAGCCUGACCCCUGCUGUUCAGUGAGCUCCUCUGUCUCUCAUUGCUUUGUCUUUUCAGGAGACCUUUCUAAAUAAACCUCCUUUUCAUCCGU